UCUUCCUUCGCUUCCAUUUAUCCAGUUUCAAGGUUGACCCGGCCCUACUGGUUGUUGGUAGACUUGCAUAACGGCUUCCGUAUGUGCAACUAUUUCAUGCCGUUAACCGAGAAAGAAGCACGAGUCUAUCCGAGGAUUCUAGGAAGGUUCUAGGAAACAUCCAUUGCAUGCCAUCGAACUAUGUAUUACACGAGUAUGGUCUCAGAAGAGCUUGGCAAGCUACCUAUACCCCAUGCAUGUUGUGGAACCCCCAGGUUUCCUGUCACCAUUAUCCACCAGCUAUACUGUAUACGUCUGCAAAUCUGGGGCGCGCAAAUCGACUUCGAGCGAAACCGGAGCGGGCAGGUCCAAGCGACGGUGAUGUUCACGAACUACACUCACAGAGACUUCCAAGUAAGACACAUGUGUCUCAUACCGUUGCUAUUUUUCAAGGCAUAGUCCGCACCGGCGCGAAAACCGGAGAAUUGGCGUUCGAGAACGAUUCGGUAUCUUUCAACAUAUUACUCAAGUUGGCUUAUAAGCCUUUAUCGAAUUUGACCUUUGCGUUCAUUUCCGCGAGAUGGAAUUCCUCGCCCCGGAGCAAUAAGUUAAUAAACGGCCUGACGAUUCCAAUCCAGCUCUGCUCAAGGGCCUUUCCUUCAGAGGAAAAGGCUCAUAAGAGGGAACGAGAUGAAGCAACCCCCCCAGUUCCCAGUAGGGUCCUGUCAUCCCCGCGAGGCAAAUAUAGUGCGGGCAGUUGACGCAGUCUAUGUGGUUCUGAGAACUAACUAUGUUGACCGAUGGACUACGCAAGUGGUUCAUCCAAAGUCGCCAAUCGCAAGUUGACGUCCGGUUCGUCAAACUCUGCAGUUCCGGGUAAGACGUCCAGCAUCGGGUGUUUUUUCAAUGGUAUUCUUUCUUAUUUUUAGACGUCGCUUAAGUAAUAUGGGGAUGCCAUGGAUGUAAACAUUCUGCCCGGGCAUGGCUCGGAGGCUUCCAGGAUUACUUUAGUGCUUCUGUCGGUGGAAUGUAAAGUGCCUG